UUCCGACAAAAUCGAAACAAAAAAUGGGCACACCAGCAAGACACGGCAAAAAACGAAAAACGUCAGCUACACCAGUGAAAAGUGCACCUAGUUCUGCCAGAAAAGCUCGAAAAGUAUUUGAACAACUUUCAAUAGAUCAAUUUGUACCAAAGCAAGUAGGUACACGUGUUCUCAGUUGUGGAGAAGGGGAGCAGUUAGGUCAUCCGGGAAGAAAUGUAACAAGAAAGCCCCGUGCAAUUGAUACUUUUGAUGAUGGAACUAAAUUUGUUCAGGUCGCUGCUGGUGGUGUCCACUCUCUUGUGCUUACCACGGAGGGUGCUGUCUUUAGUUGUGGAAUUAAUGAGAAGGGCACUGUACCAGUUCAUGGUCUUGAAGCUGAAGGAAGUACUGAUAGAUUUAGUGAAAUUGUCUUCUCACCAGAAAUUAAGCGUCUGGGAAAGGACACGCAAGGUGAAGUGAAUGUCCAUGAAAUGCUCAAGGAUAUCCAAAAGAAACCAGUUGUGGUCAUUAAACACAAAAGCAGACAAAAAUGGCAUAUUGUUAAGAUUGCUGCAGGAGAGAAUCAUUUGGCAAUGCUUUCCUCGGAUGGAGAACUUCUUACUUUUGGUGAAGGAUCUAUGGGCCAACUUGGCCGUUCUACGCGUACAGAACAUAUUAGAUCGAAGUUCAUGGUCGAUCAAUCAGGCACCUCUUUAAUCCUUCGUGUACUCGAAAAACAUCAAUUCAUUCGAUUUGUUAACGUUUGGGCCAAUGGAUUUUGGACUAUUGCUCGAGCAGAAGAUGGACGUCUUUUUGCCUGCGGUUUAAACAAUUUUGGUCAAUUGGGCGUAACUGCAACACCUGCAAAUGAAAAGAAAACUGGAAGAAGUCGAGGACGACGUUCUGAUUCAGAUCAGCAAAGAAAAGAAAAAAAUAGAGAUCAACAGGGGGCAGAUACUUCGACAACAAAUUCUUUUAAACAAUCAUCUGAAAGCAUGGAAAUUUCACUUAAUCAAUUAAAUGUUUCUUCUGCAAAUCAAAAUAGCAGUGAAGAUUCUUCCCAAGAUCCAGAUACCGAUGAAAAAACGGAUGGAGAAAUGAAACCUCAAAAAAGCGAGGAUGAUAGUAAUAAUGAGAAAAAAGAGGAAUUUAAAAAUGGAGAUGAAAAUGGAAAUGUUCCUGAACAAAAAGAAGUUAACAAGGUUGCAUUACUUACUUGGGCACAAGCAUUUCAGCCAGAACAUGUUUGGUCUCAUGUAUCAGGGGUCCAACACAUUGUUUGUCGUAAUGAGGAUGACAAUGCACUUGGUAUUGGUACUUGGGAAGGAAAUCAGGAUGAUCAGCAUUGGCGUUAUGACACGCUCCAACGAAUUACAUUACCUGAAAAUGUUCGAGCGGCAGGAAUAGAUGCAACACUUGGUGCUUCUAUUUUUUGGACUGAUGAUGGUAAUGUUUAUGGCUUUGGAUGUGAUACUGUUGGUCAACUUGGAUUGGGAAUUAAAGAUGAUGACGAGAAAGUUGUGCCUACUCCACGUAAAAUUCAUUCUGCACAUUUGGACAAUUUUCGUGUUAUUAGCGUUUCAUUAGCUGAUAACCAUGCGCUUUUUCUCGCUGAACCAAAUAUUACCGAUGCUUCUACUUCUUUGCCUCAAGUUGCUGCUGCUCCAGCUCUUAUAAAUACUUAUUGUUAG